AGUUUACAUGGGCUUCUCUCUCUCCGGCAAUUACUUUAAAGGAUACAUCGUUUUCAUCCCAUAACCCCUAGCAUCAUACUGCAGUAGUGAUAUUUUGUAUUAACUUAUACACUUAGCUCUGGACUGUAGUGUUUGCCCGAAAACGUACGGCUAGAUAUGUGUGUUUUCUAAAGUUUCAUGUAACAAUGAGUGUAUUUGUCUGUCCUAUGAAACAGACUUGACUUUGAGUUUUAUGGGAAUGCUGUUGAGACGCCAGUUUUUAUUCGUCAGAUUUACCUUUCAGACCGUAACCACAGAUGAAGAGCAGGGAAACCCCACUAGAUCUCAACACUCUACCAGAUGAUUUCAUCUGGGACCAUAGCAAACAACUACUUGGUGACACCUCUUCUGCUCAUGUAUCUGGGUCGACAGUAUCCAGAAGAAGCAGGAACCGAAGAAAAGAUGAAAGAACGAAGGUUUACGAGUGUAGGUUUUGCUCCCUCAAGUUUGGCAAGUCUCAAGCCCUCGGGGGACACAUGAACCGACAUCGUCAAGAGAGGGAGACAGAAACACUAAACCAAGCUCGUCAACUGGUUUUCAGUACUGAUAAUCUGCUACCCCAACCCCUUCAUGAAGUAGGUGGGCAAUCAGGAGUAAAUGGAGGCUAUCAUUAUCCAUCCGGCUUUACCAUCGGUAGUAUCGUCUACCCUACAAGACUCUUUUCUGGCACUUCCACCACAAUGUUACAUCAACUACCACAAUCUUAUCAACAUGUGUAUUCUUCCCUACCAUCUCGCCUGAAUAUCACCUACUCGUCUGAACAUUAUAAUUCGCAAUUGAUAAACGACUACUUUGCAGACCAGUAUGUCUCCACUAACCGACAUUCAGCUUCUAAAUUUUAAGUUGCAUGCUUGCUCAAACUCCUGGUGGUACUUAUAACUAGGUGCUAGCUAUAGAGAUAUGUCACUACUAGUCAUUGUAUCUUAGCGGAUAAUGUGUGAGUCUUGGUGUAAUUAGUGUGAAUUAAUGUAACACGUGGUAUUUUGUUCAUAAUAAUUGUGGAUGUCAACUUUCGCUAACCAACUACAACCUAAAUGAAUUGGAUUGAGUUUUAUCCUAACUUUUUUGUUUUAUGUUUACAUGAUGAUAAAAGGAAGUAAUAAAUAACAACCAAGAACACAAGUAUAUGUGUGGAAAUUGUUAAAUGUGGAAAAGCAUCCAAAGACACGUAAGUGAUUGUAAGAGGAAAAGGAACCAAAGAGAAGUUGAAACGGGGUUUUGAAGGAGAGAGUGGUCCUAGGAAGAAGAUUAAGAGUAUGAACUGCAGUGAGAAGAGCUUCAACCCAAAAUUUAGAUUUGAUAGAUGCUUGAAAAAAGAAAGGUACAUAGAAUCACUACAAA